AUGGAGAUAGUGAAAACGAUCAUUCCGCACAACAACUCGUUCGUCGAGCCGCCCAUUCCAUCGGCGACGGAUUGGUUGGCAAACAUGUCUGUAAUGCAUGUGUCAUGCCUGACAAUCGCAUGCGUCUUCGUCGCCAUCACAUUCGUCCUCUCGUUCUUCCAUCUGUUCUUUGUGUUGAAAUAUGUGUCGAAUGAGAGGAUACGGAAUGAUAUGUACGCGCUGAUUUUUAUGUUUCCGAUAACGUCAUUUGCAAGUCUCGUCGGAAUGUUUAUCCCUCGUGCAGCCAUUUUUCUAUACGCGGUUUCUUUGGUAUAUUUCAUGUUUACCCUGUUCAUAAUGGUGACCCUUCUGUUCAACAUCUUCGGUGGCCGUCAGGAAAUGUCCGCCUAUCUCCUCCAACGUAACAUUCGUGUCAACUUCACCGUUCCCCCUCUGUGUUUCUGCAAAUUCCUGCCCACCGUCGAGAGUACGGAUCAGAAUUUGAGACGGAUCGAGUGGCUCGUAUUCCAGACACCCAUUAUUCGAACACUUCUCGAGUUGAUCUCGGUGGUCGUGUCGAUGGAGCAAGAGGGCAGGAGGGAGCACAUCUGGUUCGUGUUCUCACAACUCCUCGCUCUCCUCUCGAUGUGUAUCGCCUUCUACGGUUGCUAUGUGAUGGUCCCACUGGGCCGUGAGAAACACGCUCCGUAUCGAUUCGAUUUCCUAUUCCGAACGUGUGACAUUGCUCAGUGCAUCUACACAAUUCAGAAGUUUGUGUUCGAAUUCGCGGCCGCCGUCGGACUCAUCACCUCCGACCGAUUCUUGCCGGCGGCGGCGAAGGCGUUGUGGUGGGCGUCGUUCAUGUGCACAUGGGAGAUGAUGCUGCUCUCCGCUCUAUGCUCCUACUGUCUCCGUCCGGCCAAAUGCAAAUUCUUUGAUCUCUAUCCGGGAAACGACGUCGACGUCUCCUCUCCAUCACCCCAACAUCGUGACAACUCCCGUGUCCCCUCAUUCCGAGGCCACCAUCGUCACCAUUCGGAUUACGAGCCGCGCAUUGCCGGUGUCAUGUUGGAGCCACCGACGUCUUCGGGGAGGCGGAGCCCCCGGAGUAUCACACCGACGGAUAUCAUCAACACGAAUAACAAUGAUAGUGAUAAGACUACCGGGGAGUCGAGGACAACGUCGACGACUACAGUGGUCGCACACUUUGAUGCGGAUAAUUUUGAUUCGCUCUCUCAGAUUUAG